GAACGAAGGUAAUAACAAUAACCCCCCCAGUUUGAAUACCAUCGAAUUGAUCGGUCAUGCCCGCUUUUCCAUAAACCCCAUUGCUUUCAUCUGCUUCCGAUCUAGAGGACGAAGAUGAUGACAACGAUAACCUCGAGCCGAUUUCAACCCAGAACAUCAUCGAAGGCGGCCGUCGCACCCGCGGUAAGAGGAUCGACUUCGCCGAGGCCGCCCAAAAGGCCCAGGCCGAGGGCGAAAUGGAUGAAGACGAUGACGACGAGGAUUUCGAUGGCGGCGAAGAAGAGGACCACCAGAUGCGCGAUUAAGCUUGUCUAAACACGACCAAAAUGCAGGUGGAAGGCCUCCGUUAUUUCUUACGAAGUCAUACAUCAUACAAAAUG